GCCGCCUGGCUGAAGCGUCGUGCCAGUGCGGGGUGGGCGCUGCCAGGGGGAAGCGGGAGGGCAGCGAGUUCGAGUCCCGCCUCCGCGAGCUUCAACGGGGAGCUGCUUCUCCGGGCUGUUGCGGUCUGCUCCGGGGCGAGCGGAACUGCGGGCGGUCGUCUGUUUUCCUUCUUUUCCACGUUUUUCUCCUUGCGCCGAGGCCGCGGCGUUCUCUGUGGGGCGCCAGCCCACAGGGGCAGAGUUUGCCAGGAGUUUGUGCGGACUUCGGGCCCCGGCCUCCCGCCCCGCCGCCGCCAUGCCCGUCUUUCACACGCGCACUAUCGAGAGCAUCCUGGAGCCGGUGGCCCAGCAGAUCUCCCACCUGGUCAUCAUGCACGAGGAGGGGGAGGUGGACGGCAAGGCCAUCCCGGACCUCACCGCCCCCGUGUCGGCCGUGCAGGCCGCUGUCAGCAACCUGGUGCGGGUUGGAAAAGAGACUGUGCAGACAACAGAAGACCAGAUCUUGAAAAGGGAUAUGCCACCAGCGUUUAUCAAAGUGGAGAAUGCCUGCACCAAACUUGUUCGGGCAGCCCAGAUGCUACAAGCAGAUCCUUAUUCAGUACCAGCGCGUGACUAUCUAAUUGAUGGAUCAAGAGGCAUCCUUUCUGGAACGUCAGACUUACUUCUGACAUUUGAUGAAGCAGAGGUCCGUAAAAUCAUCCGUGUCUGCAAAGGAAUAUUGGAAUAUCUGACUGUGGCGGAAGUAGUAGAGACUAUGGAGGAUUUGGUGACAUACACAAAGAAUCUAGGGCCAGGAAUGACAAAGAUGGCCAAAAUGAUUGAUGAGAGACAACAGGAAUUAACUCAUCAGGAACAUAGAGUUAUGCUGGUAAACUCCAUGAAUACCGUGAAGGAGCUAUUGCCAGUACUUAUUUCAGCUAUGAAGAUUUUUGUAACUACAAAAAAUUCUAAAAGUCAGGGAAUAGAAGAGGCCUUGAAAAAUCGCAAUUUCACUGUAGAGAAAAUGAGUGCCGAGAUAAAUGAAAUAAUCCGUGUAUUACAACUCACUUCUUGGGAUGAAGAUGCCUGGGCGAGCAAGGACACAGAAGCCAUGAAAAGAGCUUUAGCCUUGAUAGAUUCAAAGAUGAAUCAGGCAAAGGGUUGGCUGAGAGAUCCAAAUGCACCUCCAGGGGAUGCUGGUGAGCAAGCAAUAAGGCAGAUCCUUGACGAAGCUGGAAAAGCAGGAGAACUGUGUGCAGGCAAAGAACGCAGAGAGAUUCUGGGAACAUGCAAAACUCUGGGCCAGAUGACCGACCAACUGGCUGACCUCCGAGCGAGAGGACAGGGUGCUACACCCAUGGCUAUGCAGAAAGCACAGCAGGUGUCACAAGGUCUGGAUUUGCUCACUGCAAAAGUGGAGAAUGCAGCUCGCAAACUGGAGGCUAUGACAAACUCUAAGCAGGCAAUUGCUAAGAAGAUUGAUGCUGCUCAGAACUGGCUUGCGGAUCCCAAUGGGGGCAGUGAAGGAGAAGAACAUAUCCGGGGAAUUAUGGCUGAAGCAAGGAAAGUUGCAGAAUUGUGUGAGGAGCCUAAAGAAAGAGAUGAUAUCCUUCGUUCCUUGGGCGAAAUCUCUGCUUUGACAGCCAAGCUGUCAGAUCUGCGACGACAUGGGAAAGGUGACUCUCCUGAGGCCCGUGCAUUGGCUAAACAAAUAGCUACAUCACUUCAGAAUUUACAGUCCAAAACAAACAGGGCUGUAGCAAAUACUAGGCCAGUUAAAGCAGCUGUGCAUUUGGAGGGCAAGAUUGAGCAAGCUCAAAGGUGGAUAGACAAUCCUACAGUUGCUGAUCGGGGAGUAGGCCAGGCAGCAAUUCGGGGUUUGGUGGCAGAAGGUCGUCGUUUAGCCAACGUCAUGAUGGGACCUUAUCGUCAAGACCUGCUUGCCAAAUGUGACCGUGUAGACCAGCUGGCUGCUCAGCUAGCUGACCUCGCAGCAAGAGGGGAGGGAGAAUCUCCUCAGGCCAGGGCAGUUGCUGCUCAGCUUCAGGACUCACUGAAGGAUCUGAAAGCACGGAUGCAAGAGGCAAUGACCCAGGAGGUUUCUGACAUUUUUAGUGACACCACAACUCCUAUUAAAUUGUUAGCAGUAGCAGCCACUGCUCCCUCUGAUGCUCCCAAUAGAGAUGAGGUGUUUGAUGAAAGAGCAGCAAACUUUGAAAACCAUGCUGCUAGGCUGGGAGCUACGGCAGAAAAAGCAGCUGCAGUUGGAACUGCCAAUAAAACUACUGUGGAGGGCAUUCAGGCAACGGUGAAAUCUGCAAGGGAACUUACCCCUCAGGUAGUAUCAGCUGCUCGUAUCCUCCUGAGAAAUCCUGGAAAUCAAGCUGCUUAUGAACAUUUUGAGACUAUGAAAAACCAAUGGAUUGAUAAUGUAGAAAAAAUGACAGGGUUGGUGGAUGAAGCCAUUGAUACUAAAUCUCUGUUGGAUGCAUCAGAAGAGGCUAUUAAGAAAGACCUUGACAAAUGUAAAGUUGCGAUGGCCAACAUUCAACCUCAGAUGCUGGUAGCUGGUGCCACCAGCAUUGCUAGGCGAGCAAACCGCAUCCUACUGGUGGCAAAAAGGGAGGUUGAAAAUUCAGAAGAUCCUAAGUUCCGGGAAGCUGUUAAAGCAGCCUCUGAUGAGCUAAGCAGAACUAUAUCACCGAUGGUAAUGGAUGCUAAAGCAGUGGCAGGAAACAUUUCUGAUCCCGGUUUGCAGAAGAGUUUCCUGGAUUCUGGAUACAGAAUUCUGGGAGCUGUGGCCAAAGUCAGAGAAGCCUUCCAGCCUCAGGAACCAGACUUCCCCCCUCCUCCUCCUGACCUUGAGCAUCUUCAUCUGACUGAUGAGCUUGCUCCUCCCAAACCACCACUGCCAGAAGGUGAGGUUCCCCCGCCCAGACCACCGCCACCUGAAGAAAAGGAUGAAGAGUUCCCAGAGCAGAAAGCAGGAGAAGCUAUUAAUCAGCCCAUGAUGAUGGCUGCUAGGCAGUUGCAUGAUGAAGCCCGGAAAUGGUCUAGCAAGCCUGUGACUGUGAUUAAUGAAGCGGCUGAGGCUGGUGUAGAUAUAGAUGAGGAGGAUGAUGCAGAUGUUGAAUUCACUCUCCCCUCUGACAUUGAAGAUGAUUACGAGCCUGAGCUGCUGUUAAUGCCAACCAAUCAGCCCGUUAACCAGCCCAUUCUGGCUGCUGCUCAGUCUCUACAUCGGGAAGCAACCAAGUGGUCUAGUAAGGGUAACGACAUCAUUGCUGCUGCUAAACGAAUGGCGCUGCUAAUGGCGGAGAUGUCGCGCCUGGUGAGAGGAGGCAGUGGAAACAAGCGUGCCCUCAUUCAGUGUGCAAAGGACAUUGCUAAGGCAUCAGAUGAAGUCACUCGGUUAGCCAAAGAGGUGGCAAAGCAGUGCACUGACAAGCGCAUUAGAACAAACCUCUUGCAGGUCUGUGAGCGAAUCCCAACCAUCAGCACACAACUGAAAAUUCUCUCCACUGUCAAAGCUACCAUGCUGGGCAGAACUAACAUCAGCGACGAAGAGUCGGAACAGGCAACUGAGAUGUUGGUUCAUAAUGCCCAGAAUCUCAUGCAGUCUGUGAAGGAAACUGUGAGAGAAGCUGAAGCAGCAUCCAUUAAGAUAAGAACAGAUGCUGGAUUCACUCUUCGCUGGGUCAGAAAGACCCCCUGGUAUCAGUAGACACUUGCCACAUAAGUAUUGUUUUCUGUAACAUAAAAUGCCUUUUUUUUUUUUUCUUGGAAACAGAAGAGAUAUAUUAACAGCGAAAGGUGCUGUAUACAUGAGCUUGAGGUUAGCUUGUGCUAAUGCCCCAUUCUAAGGGUAUGAAUUAUAAGAGAAUGCAUUUCAAAUGUCUUCGGAACACAUUUGAUAUCCAACACCUCAAAAUCGCUUCCGAUGGUAGACAGUUCGUAUCCUUGAUUUUUUUAUCUUUUUUUGCUUUGAAAAUUCUCUUGAUGAAUUCUGUACUCCCAGAAGCACAUUUCAUUUAUGCACUGUAUAUUCCAGUAGUUUCCAUGUGAUGAUAUAAAACAUGGACCUCACUUUAAGCUUGUGUUGAGAGUCUAGGACACUAUUGGUUACUUGGCAGUUUUUUAGGGACAAUCAUUGACACAGAAACAUUGAACACUUCAGCAGGAUUUCAGCUGGCUGGUUUAAAACCAUGCAGAAAUGAUGGAAGAUGUAGGGGGGUUACAUUAAAAGGUGUGGGAGGGCAGCAGAACAGUUGUAAACUGAGGAUUACAAUUCCAUGUCUGAAAUGAUAUUCUUUGCUUUUGACUUGUGCCUGGCAGCAGUAUUUUAACAGAAACUGGAGCUGUCUUUGCCACCCUCCAGUCACCCUGUGGGUAGGCAUUCCAGAACUCUUGUGCUGUACUGAAAUGCUUUGCAGCGGAUGUUAGUGGCACACUGUUGACAGCUUGAGCCUUACGGCUGGAGACCUUAACUCAUGGAAACCUUUCCUUCUUGUUCAAUUCAGUAACGUAGUGAGCUGGAAAAUCCUGGUUCUCUUAAGCUAGCUGCAUGUCCAGGACCAGAAAAAGCCACGUGCUGGCUCUUUCCUUCCGAAAACCAAAUGAGCACAUGCAAUUAUUCUUUUUUAACUCUUCCCUCCAUUUCAUGUUAUUCCAGCCACUCAAGGCGAAAAUUAAAAGAUAAAGAUAUUGAAUUAGAAAAGACUUUUUGCUUCACUGCCCUGGUUUCCAACAAUGUAUGAGCUUUUUGAAACCCGUAGGGUUUCAAAGAAGAGCUGCAGUGACAUGAAACUCUUUUUAGGCAGCCUAAUGGCUACCAGCAAAUAGUAAUGCAAAAUAUACUGGGCUACUUUUACUGUUCUUGAUGUUUGGAGGCUCAGCAUCUUUUUUCAAGGUCUAAUAAUAGGAAAUUGCACAAAGUGUUACUGAGUCUUAAAAAAGGCGGACAAAACCAUAACAAUUAAACCCCCCCCCAACAAAAUCCCCCAUCCCUCUCAUUGUUAAAAUAAACUUGGGAUGCUUUUAUCCUCCCAUAACUGAACAUGCCUUCAUAUUUUUUAUAUCUCUAUAUAUAUAUAUACACACACACACAUUCAUUUCGUUGCUUCCUGCUCUCUUUUGGCAUUUGACAGAAAGCAGGAUUGUUGUUUUAGAAUGAGUCUCUGUACACUGACCUCAUGAUACCCUCUUAAUUUGCUGAAGUGUUGCAUGAUCAAACCACCUUUAAUAGAAGUGCCCUGGUGGAAGAACUGCUCAGUCUUAACAGCUCAAAGGAGGAGGAACCUGACAGUUUACCUGUCUGCAACUGUUAUUCUACACUUGGACUUUCCCCCUCCACCCCCUUUGUUGCACUGUUAUCUAAAAAGGGAAGUCAUACUGAUUAUACGACAUCUGCCUCAACCUGACCUUAGCAAGAGAAAGCAUGUGUUCAUCUUUAAUUCACUCCUUGUGUCUGGGUAUUACGGAAUAUGUGGUACUUCGGAUCUUUCCUUAAUAUUCUCUUCCUGCAAUUACCUGCAACGGGAAGAGGAAGGAAGGGGUGCCAGAGCCUUAACCUGAAUGUCUUGCAUUUGGUUGGUUUGUACCAGAUCUUUAACAUAAUUGUAAUGUAGUAAUUUCUAUCUAAUAGUAAAUAACAAACACUGAAUUAAGUAGGGGUUAUUUUUAAAGGAUUUUUCUAAGUAGUCUUCCUGUAUUACUUUUCAAUGCUCCUCACAUUUCCUCCCUUCCCCCUCCCCCAAUUCAGGCUUCUCUGUGAGAUAUUUUUUUUAGCAUCACUGUUUAGUUGCUUGACUGAUAUUAAUGCAAUAUUACUAAUGCCUUUAAUACAUAAUUGUUUAUGCCAAAGAUCACCUUUUGUUUAUUGUGGAAUGUUUGCAGGAAAGUUAUGAAUCAUGGUUGCCUUUGAUAUCCUUCCAGAAUGUUUGCUAUAAGUUCUUGACCUGUUUUGUACAACCUGAGAUCCUUGGCCACCUUAUGCAAUUACUGCUUUUUUGAACUCUAGUGGUCUUCAGACCUGAAAUGCAGAAAAAAUUUGAAAAAAAGACCAUGAAUGUCACUUAGAAAUGUUUUGCCACUAUAAAACUUUGUUUAUAAACCAAAAUGUAUUGUAUAGUCUAAUGUUUUCAACCUUUCUUUGGUUCUGUUAAAACAAUAAAAAUGCAUUUGUACAAAUGUCA